AUGUCAACAUAUGACGAAAUCGAAAUCGAAGAUAUGACGUUUGAGCCUGAAAAUCAAAUGUUCACCUAUCCUUGUCCCUGUGGAGAUAGGUUUCAAAUAUAUCUGGAUGACAUGUUUGAGGGCGAAAAAGUUGCUGUUUGUCCCAGCUGCUCACUGAUGAUCGAUGUAGUUUUCGAUAAAGAAGACUUGGCUGAGUACUACGAAGAGGCAGGCAUCCACCCCCCUGAGCCUAUUGCCGCUGCUGCCUAA